CUGAAUAAAAGUCCUACCUGCAUACUGUAUGAAGUGGGCAAUUCCCGCCCUCCCCACGACGACCGCCGCAUCCAUCCCAUCAAUGGAACCAAUCCCCAAUCCCCACCACCCCUUCAACUGCCGAUCCACACCCCAUCCACUCUAACCUCCCGGCACCAUUCAAAAUCACGACAUCCACGCCUCAAUCUCACCAUCCUCACAACGUCACGAAAAAAUUCUCCAAUCCCCCCAUCAAAGAAACUCUAAGACGCCAUAGACCACUUCCAUCAUCGCUGCAUAUCCCUUCCGAAAUAAGCCUCCGGACCGUUAGGGAUCCGGAUUUGAUAGGUGGAGGAUGGGUGCGCGCGGGGGCAAGAGGGAAGAGCCUCGGGAGACUAGAAGCUUGGGUGACUAGGGAGGUGAAGAUGUCGUCUUUUGUGGCUGUUGCUUGUCAUGAGGAGGGGAUCUUGAUUGGAGUGUAUUUAAGCCUUGGGAGCUUUUAUAAAGGAGUUUCUUUGUUUCAUCAGUACCUUGGAGCUUCCUGUUUUGUGCAUUUCCGGAUAUGAUGUGAUUGAGUUUCAGGGCGAGAUAAGAUACGGAGAGUAUCGUUGUGGGUUGGGACCCAGGGUACAAAUACAAGUACAAGUAAGUACCUAUCCACAUACCCUUUGGACUUAGUUUUUGGGUUUUGUUUCUGCCUGAACUGGAUAUUGUACUCGAGUAACUUGGGCGCGGGACUUACGAGUCUCUUCGCCUUUUCUCAACCUCGAAAUUGAUCCCAAGCCAGGAAGUCAGAGUCCACUCUCAAUAUCCAUCCAUCUAUACUAGCGUAUCCCAAAAUGGCGACUUCUACAUCCCACCCACAAUCUCUUAACGAGAAACUCGGCCUCAACCAAGACCAGACUCAUAACCAUGUCCUCUCCGAGAAGAGCGAGAAGCAAACACCCAGCGGCACGCCAUCCCUCUCUUCAGAGGAAGCAUUCACGAACCCGACGGGAAUCGAUGAGAAGGCGCUGGUGAGGAAGUUGGAUUGGAAGUUGUUGCCGCCGUUGACGUUGUUGUAUUUGUUAAGUUUUUUGGAUAGGAGUAAUGUGGGUAAUGCCAAGUUGGAAGGCUUGAUCGAUGACCUCCAUUUCACGGGAAAUGAGUAUCUGUUUACACUUACGAUAUACUUCAUCGGCUAUGUCCUCUUCGAAAUCCCCUGCAACAUAAUCCUCAAACGCACGACACCCCGCUUCUGGCUCCCAACCCUCAUGCUCGCUUGGGGAAUCGUAGCAACUCUCCUCGGCGUAACUCAGAACUUCGCCGGUUUCGUAGUCGCACGGUUCUUCCUCGGCGUUACGGAAAGUGGAUUAUUUCCUGGUGUGGUGUUUUAUCUGAGUAUGUGGUAUAAGAGGACCGAGACGCAUUACAGGGUCGCGCUUUUCUUUUCGGCGGCGAGUUUGGCGGGCGCGUUUGGUGGGAUUCUGGCGUUUGGGAUUGCGAAGAUGGAUGGGGUGGGGGGAUAUCAGGGAUGGAGAUGGAUUUUCAUCUUGGAAGGUCUUCUAACAAUAGUUGUUGCAGUAGCAGCAUAUUUCUUCAUCCACAAUUAUCCAUCGACAGCAAGGUUCCUCUCCGAGCCUGAAAGAGCGUUCAUCAAGGCACGUCUGAAGUCUUCUUCAGAUGCCACCAACGAUGAGAAAUUCUCUUGGACCAAUGUUCACGCUGCGCUUGCGGAUUAUAAAUGCUGGCUCUACGGAAUGGGUUUCCACACCAUGUCUCUUCCUCUCUACACCCUAUCCCUCUUCCUCCCCACAAUCAUCAAACAACUCGGCUACACCGCCGCCCAAGCCCAACUCCUCACCGUCCCCCCUUACGCAGUCGCCACAAUCCUCACCGUCAUAAUCGCCAUCCUCUCCGAGAAAACCAAAAAGCGAGCCCCCUUCAUCCUAGCAUCCACCUCCCUCGCUAUAAUCGGCUACAUCAUCCUCCUCACCGCACCAACAUCCAAACCCGGCGUCUCCUACACUGGCACCAUCUUCGCCGCAGCUGGGAUCUACCCCUCCACCGCUAUCGUGCUCUCCUGGCCAGCAGCCAAUGUCAGCGGACAGUCGAAGCGAGCAACUGCUACGGCGAUGACGAUUACGAUUGGGAAUCUGGGGACGGUAUUAGGGACGCAGUUGUAUAGGCCGAAGACGAGCCCGAGGUGGUAUUUGGGCCAUGGAUUUGCGUUGGGUUAUUUGGUGGGGAAUUUGAUUGUUGUGGGAGCGCUUUGGGGGCUGUUGGAGAGGGAGAAUAGGGCGAAGAUUGCGAGGAGGGAGGCGGGUGAGAGUGGUGGUGAUGGGGAGGUGAAGAAUGAUGAGGAUGUGAGAUGGUUGUUUCAGACUUAGAUGAUUGUGGGAGACUUAAAUUGUGAGAUAAGGCCCUCUUAACCUGGUGGUACAAAGUUCGUGAUGUGGGAGGAUACUGGGUUUUAUGAUGCCCACAGGUUUCACUGGGUCAACUAUGCUCAAACAAUAACGUUAACAACAAACUUCUUCCACUCUGUACCCCAAGGCAUGACGUUCUGACACUUCCAUUUUCCGGUACCUCCAAAACUCGUUCAUUGGGCUCCUUCUCAGAUCCUCAUACCAGAUGUAUCUAUAUUAGUACAGUAGAACUUCAGAAUUUCUCUAAUGUCUCUUCAGCUCCACAUCUUAUCUUCAAUUUCAGAUGUUCCUCUCUCAAGACCGUCACAGAGAUAGAAUAUACUUUUUCCAGCUUCGCAAACCAGAUCCUCACCGUCUCAUACUCCUCUACCCGCUGCCUGAUGGUAAACACCAGAUGUUCCUUUGUCAACUGUACAUCGUCGUCGUCUCUUUGCAUGAGUUUGCUCUAUAGUAAUUGAACUAGACAGUCAAUAACCGAUUUUGUGGACAUAAACCAUCCCGAUCAUGAAACUUCCCCGACCAGCAAUUUGCACUUGACUUUUAAAACGACAACUUCACGAAUGAUCCAGAUAUAACACAACUUUGAAAUUGAAGAUACCCUAGUUAUAGAUCUAUCGACAACCUUAUUCCAAAAUCUUGCCGGCACUGAAUGUAAUUUUUGAGUGACGGUCAAGCAUGGGAGCAAAAGGCGUCUUGCAUUCGGUCACGUGCUAUAUAGCACAAGAUCAUUCGAGGGUCUGAUAUACCCUUAAAUACUAGGCAGAAAAAAUGCUACAUAGCUUGUAGCUG